AAUGCUGAAGCAAAGUUGGAUAAAAGUGCACUUGCUUUUCUACAAGAACAGGAAAUAUUCGGUGAAGAUUUUCUUGCAUUAACUCUAGAUGCCUUAAAAACUUAUGAAUUGAAGCUAGGACUGGCAGGUCGUAUUUUACGUAUCAUUGAUAAAAUACAAAAGGGGAAGAUAAUAGACGUCAAUUAUACUAGCUGUAUUGACAGCGAAGUCGAAAAUAUGACUACAGGGAUGAGUAAUUUGAUAACGAAUAAUAAUGUGAACUCACCAUCUCGCCGUAUAUCAGGAAAACUGUUAAGAAAACUAUGUAAAGCUGGGAAAAUUCUAACUAGGGAUAUAUUACGUUAUACGAAAGGGAAGGAAACUUAUGAUUGCGUAGUCACAGAAAUUGAUGAUGACUUUGAUCUCUCAAUUUCUUUUACAUAUAAGGGAGAAGAACACAAAAAAUCAGAAAUUUUGGAAGUGGAUCCAUUUGCACAGUAG